UGUCGGUCGAGGCACGCCCCUACCCCCUGCCCUCGAAAUGCUUGGAAUGAGGAUGCGCCUUGUUGGUCACGUGACACCGCCGUCCAGUGUGUCCUCGCCAGGCAACGGUCCUAGAGACCGACAACACCGUUUGCCGCAGCAUGAACGUGAUCUACCCUCUUGCGGUGCCCAAGGGGCGCCGGCUCUGCUGUGAGGUGUGCGAAGCUCCGGCCGAGCGGGUCUGCGGGGCCUGCACAGUCACUUACUACUGUGGUGUGGUUCAUCAAAGAACUGAUUGGGGCAGCAUCCAUGAGAAGAUAUGUCAGCUCCUGAUUCCCCUGCGCACUUCCAUGCCCUUCUACAACUCAGAGGAAGAACGGCAGCAUGGCCUGCAGCAGCUGCAGCAGCGGCAGAAGCAUUUGAUCGAAUUUUGCUACACCGUAGCCCAGAAAUAUAUCUUUGAAGGAAAACAUGAAGAUGCUGUCCCAGCAGCUUUGCACUCUCUUCGCUUCCGCAUGAGUGUUCAUGGCCUGAGUUCAGUAGAGCUGGUACCUGCUUACCUGCUGUUGGCCGAGGCCAGCCUUGGUCUGGGCCGGAUCGUCCAGGCUGAGGAAUAUCUAUCCCAAGCGCAGUGGACAGUCCUCAAAUCAACUGAAUGUUGUUAUGCCACCCACUCCUUACUGCAUCGGAACCUGGGACUUCUCUACAUGGCUAAGGAAAACUAUGAGGAAGCCCGUUAUCAUCUGGCCAAUGAUAUUUAUUUCGCCAGUUGUGCAUUUGGAACAGAGCACAUCAGGACCUCAGGAGGCUACUUCCACCUGGCUAAUAUCUUCUAUGGCCUUAAAAAGUUGGACCUGGCAGACACAUUGUACACCAAGGUCUCUGAGAUCUGGAAUAAAUAUUUGGACAAUCACUAUCAAGUCCUCUCACAGGUUCGCACCCAACAAAUAGAUCUACUAGGCAAACAAUUUGAGACCGACACUGGCUUGGAUGAAGCCCAGGAAGCAGAAGCCAUUCAGAUCCUGACUUCAAUCUUGAACAUUCGAGAAUCUACAUCUGACAAAGCCCCCCAAAAAACAAUCUUUGUUCUAAAAAUCCUGUUCAUGCUUUACUACCUGAUGAUGAAUUCUUCAAAGGCAGAGGAGUACGCCAUGAGAGCCCUGGAUCUAGCCAAAGAACAGCAGCUCAGUGUCCAUGAACAAAACACCAUUCAAGACUUACUAAAUCUCAUCUCAGCUGAGGAAGCUCAUCACAUUACAUAGUGACCCAAGAGCUCUGCAUCAUGGACUAUUGAGCAUCUAAUGUAUUCCAGCCUUGCAUAGCUGCUUUGAGGUGCUAUGAAUUGCUGAAGUGCCCACCCUCUUCCCCUGGGAUUGCACUCAUAGCUGUGUUUUUAUUGUUUCACAGCAUAUGUUGGGAAAUAUAGAGCUUUUGGCAUAGAAAUCAGUAAAACUCUUGUUUAUCAUGACUUUGAUAAACUCUUGUUUAUCACGACUUUGAAUAAUGUGCUACCAGUUCACUAACAAGGUAUUUAUAAUUAAACUGCAAAUAGUUUAUCCUAUUUCUCAGAGGUCUCCCAGUGAUGCAUUCUUCAUAGAUCUUUGCCAAAGAAAGGGGUAGGGAAUAGAGCUAUAUUGGAGUAAAGUUUCUCUAUUCUACUGUAAUUAAGUUAGCAUUAAUCUGAGGUAGAUUGUGAUUAAAAUGCCCAUUAUAAUUCCUAGAGCAAUCACUAAGGAAAGUAAUCUAAAAAACAGUUAAAAUCAACAAGGAAAUUAAAAUGGUACACUAGAAAAGAUCCACUUAAUGCAAAAGAAGGCAGUAAAGGAGGAAUGGAGGAACAAAAAGAUGUGAGACAUAUGGAAAACAAAUAGCAAAAUGCAGACAUAAAUUGUAGGUCUUUGCCAGAAAAGGCCCCUGGGCCUUUCAAGGAGCUCCAGUAUGGAUUGGCCGAGUUACCAUUCCACAUUGGUGUCUCUCUUCUCAGACAAUUAUUUGAAGGGGAUGUGAGCCAUCUAUACUGUCUAGGGGGGAAGUACUC